GAGGUCCAGCAGCUGUUAAUAAAGCAACAGUAGCGAUAGAAAUCACUUAGUUUCAGCCAGGAAAGAGCAACAGGCUGACAGGCUGAUAUUACCGUGAUCUACGGGACAUUGUCCGCCUCGACAGUAUUUUCAACAGCCAGAAAGUCACUGCGUAAAAGUACACAUUGUUUAGGGAAUAAAAGCAGUUUAAAGGAAAGCAAAGUACUUGUACAAAAAGUACUGGACAAAAGUCUGCUUUCCUUCACGCCUUCAGUCGCUGUCCUUGGUGCUGAAAGUUCUGGCAGGUGUUACGAUGGAUAGCACCUUUGACAAGUUGGAUGCUGCAGGCUUUUUGGAAAUUUGGCAGCAUUUCGAUGCUGAUGACAAUGGCUACAUAGAAGGAAAAGAGCUGGAUGAAUUCUUCCGUCAUCUUCUCAAGAAACUGGGGACUGAAGAUGAAAUAACUACAGAGAAGGUUCACCGUGUGAAAGAACGAUUUAUGUCAGCUUAUGACGACACUGCAGAUGGUCGUCUACAGAUUCAAGAGCUUGCAAAUAUGAUUUUGCCUGAGGAUGAGAACUUUCUGUUGCUUUUCCGAAGAGAGACUCCCCUUGACAACAGUGUUGAAUUUAUGCGGAUCUGGCGCAGUUAUGAUGCAGACAGCAGUGGAUUCAUUUCAGCUGUGGAACUACGGAAUUUUCUACAUGACCUUUUCUACCAACAUAAAAAGAAGAUCCCUGGUUCCAAACUUGAUGAGUACACAGAUGCCAUGAUGAAAAUAUUUGACAAAAAUAAGGAUGGACGACUGGAGCUUAAUGAUAUGGCCAGGAUUUUGGCGCUUCAAGAAAAUUUUCUUCUACAGUUCAAGAUGGAUGCAUGCAGCAUAGAAGAACGGAAAAGAGACUUUGAAACGAUAUUUGCUCACUAUGAUGUUAGUAAAACUGGAGCUCUUGAAGGUCCUGAAGUGGAUGGUUUUGUAAAAGAUAUGAUGGAGCUAGUAAAGCCCAGCAUUAGUGGUGUUGACCUUGACAAAUUCCGUGAAAUCCUGCUUAAUCACUGUGAUGUAAAUAAAGAUGGAAAAAUCCAGAAAUCUGAGUUGGCAUUGUGCCUGGGGCUAAAAGGCUGUCCGUGAAAUCCUGAAAGAAUGACAGUAAUUGUUACCAUUUAAUUGCUACUCCAACAGUAGAACUGCAUUAUUGCUCUUCUAAGAAUCACUAUUGUUAUACUGAAUGUAGAACUAGUGGGCAUCUAGAAAUUACAGUAAAAGUGCAUUGCAUGCAGUUGCUUAAAAUGGAAUUCACAAUGGUUUUAGAAAGUAAAGUAUGCCCAGUCAAAUGUUAGAUUCCCUACUUAGCUCAGUUGGUACUUUGACUUGCGUGAAUUUUUGCUUUAUUUUUAUGUCACAUGUCAUAUGGACUGUGGUUGCUGCCACUUGUUCCUCCUACACUGCUGUGUUGGUUCUCACACCAUGUGGGUUUUGACAUAUGUUUGCAGUAUAUUAAGAAUGAAGUGAUGAUAGUUAAUAUAACUAGCUUGAGAAUAACAAGUACAUAGUACUAACAGUUACUUGCUAGUUAAUAUAACUAGCUCGAGUAUACCAAGUGCACAGUACUGAUAGUUACUUGUUAGUUAAUAUAACUAGCUUGAAUAAACCAAGUACACAGUACUGAUAAUUACUUGUUAGUUAAUAUAACUAGCUUGAGUAUUCCAGGUACAUAGUACUAACAGUUACUUGUUAGUUAAUAUAACUAGCUCGAGCAUACCAAGUACACAGUACUGAUAGUUACUUGUUAGUUAAUAUAACUAGCUUGAAUAUACCAAGUACACAGUACUGAGAGUUACUUGUUUUGGUUAUACCACGAACAAUAUACUGAUAGUCAAUCUCACAUACUUGGCUAUACUAUGGAGAACAUGUUUUUUCUUGUGUCAUAUUAAUGUUAUGCAUUUACUGUGUCUUUCACUGAUAUUGUACUGCAAGGGCAUAGUUUUUUCAGAACUAUAUAUGAAUAAAGUUUUAAAAUGAA